AUGAUAUCAGCCAUCACAAGCAUGCACUGAGUCGUCUUCCUCUUCACCCUUCUUUGAUAUCUGAUGCAAGGCGGGAUUGGGAAGGAGUUGGUCUUCAAAGGCAGCUGAAUUGACACAAAAGAGGAAAGGGGUCUCUUCAGGCUCUCGAUACAUUCGGCGGCAAAAGAAAGAGACUGCGGAGGAGGAUGCGAACAGUUACCAAAAAAAGUAUCAAAGGCGCGUGGGGCGGGUUGAAAUUAAUCUUAUCAGCCCAAUCAUAUCUAAAAGUUGCAGUCGACUCGGGCGCUUGUUGUUCUCCACAUCAUCUCCUCAUCCUGCAACUCCUGCUCAAUCAAGCAUCUCGUCUCCAGUAUCUGGAACUCCUCGUUGGACUCACAACAGCUCCUUCAUGCACGACGGACAUACGCCCCGCACCAGUCACCAGGCCGAUCUCAAAGAGGUUAUGCGUACAGAGCUCGGAGACCACACAUGGCAGCUCCCUUUGGAUCGCGUUGCGAGGAUGUUAUCUCCUAAAAACCGCAAAAAUCCCCUAGAUGACAAAGUUAUUGACCAUCUCGGCAACUACGCCUGUGUUUCUGAUUCGCCCGGGUUCAUGAAAAUGUUGAAAAACACUGUGAUGAAGCUCGGACCACAAGUAAAGGAUAUCCAAUGGCCCAGCGGCCCCGACGAACGUCCGUUCUAUACUCCACUAGCUCAGUUUCUAAACGCGUGUGUCUCCGUCUGCAAGGAAGAACUUACGGAUGACGAACGCUACACCAAAGGUCCAUUUCACGACCUCGAGUUCAUUGUGUACGAUAAGGAGACCCAGGAUAGUGUGAAUGGGGCGUCUCCUACGAAACCUCAUCUAGUGGGAGGGAAAAAGCUUAUGGCCUUCCCCGACAGUGACGACUGUAAGGUCAAAUCCGCUCAGCUUUACUGGAAUACACCUGACAAGAAUGCGUCACCCAUCUUGCUGCCUGUAGAAGUGAAGGACAACUGGAUAGAAUUGGUGUGUCAGGCCGCGACCUACGCGCGAUGUCCGCUUCGGCAGUAUUCAUUGGUACUUGGAUACAACCACAAGGAGGGCACCUUCAGGUUUCUUAUCUUCUAUCGCGGAGGCCUAUCUGCCUCUCUUCCCCUCGAUCUGCGUGACGAAAAUUCACACGAAUCUCUCCUUCAUGUCUUCCUGUCUCUUCUCGAUUGUUUUCAUGCGGGAGAUGCCGGUAUGGCAGCGUGGUGCGUCAAGCUCCCAGUUGACAAUUCUGAUAAACCUGAUUACAUCGUCGCCAACAUCAAGGAGGUUCUUCAUGAUGGUAAUAGCUGUAGAGGUAGAGCAAGUCAGGUUACACGGAUAUCGUAUAGCGUUCGAGAGGAUGUCUCUACUUCACCUCUCCCAGUUGUGGCAACAACUCCUCUAUUUCUAGUCAUACAGUUGAGAUGUUCAGCACGCGUCGCUAAUGCUGAGGUUAAGAAGGGAGUCGAAGCACCUGCGAACUCUAAGAAGAGUUCUAGAAAUCAGGUUGAUUCGCGUACUCGAUCAGAGACAAAGGCAUCAAAUAUCCCUGACCCAUCGACUCUCGCUAUCACGCCGAUUAGUGCAUAUGGGCCAACUCGAGAUCUUGAAGAUGUGAAGCAGGAGCUAAUGAUCUUGAUGAAAUCCUUGAAUCCGCGUAGAGGCAUAAUUUCCCAUGGAUUGAUGAAAGCUACAUGGCCAAAACGCGAUCUCGCUUCAGGUCGUUCCUCAGUCCCGGAAACGUGGAUGCUCAAUGUGUGUGGUGACAAGUUCGGAACUUGGCAGCAUUAUUAUGAUUUUCCAGCAAAUCACUCACAUGGAACCCGGACAUCCAACGACAUUUUUCUUCCAACCGAGAUGGAAUUAAAGAAAGGAGUGGCGGAAUUUCAUUGGGACCUUUUUUCUCUACACCAAAAGUAUAGUACACCCUUGCCUGAAUAUCGAAGCCUUCGGUUUCACGUUGGGAAACUGAUUGGAACCUCCCUGGUUUCCUCUCCCAGCCCGCUUGUGUUGUUUACAGCCAUCCUCCACGCAAUGCUAGGAUGGCUUACAAUAUGCCAGGAAGCGCUUCAACAUCGAGAUGUAAGUGUUGGGAAUGUUCUGAGACUGGAAAACCCGGUCGAAAUGCCACUUCCAUGGCCAUGUCUCGGGAAACUGAGAUAUUUCAAGGGCAGAUAACAACAGACUUGAAUUGGAUUGAAUUACGCGGAAAUCGAACAUGGAGAAAAGGAGACGUCGCCACUGUAGAUUUUGUCUCUGUGCUUCAAUCCGAGUCAAUGGCCAUCCUGGAUAUCGUCU